CCUGCUCUCUCUCCUCUCUUUCGCUCGUUUCUCCUUCUAAUCCCCUUCUCCACCUCCUCGCCCCUCUCUCUCUCUCUCUCUCUUUGUGUGCGAAUCUGGCAGUCUGACGUCGCCAUCUCGGGGCUAGGGUUUGUACCCGAAGACGGAAAGGAAGAGGAAAAGCUCGCUCUUUUCUUGGAGAUAGAGAUUAUUCUUACCGAACCUAUGAGAAGAUCGGAGGGAACUUAUUAAUGUCUCAGUUUCAGAGAUGGUCUCCGUAAGAUUUGCAGGGAAAUAUGGACGUGAGAUUUCUACUCCUCUGCAUGAAGUGUUUGGAGAUCAGAUUGAUUUUUUGAAGGUUGGUUCAAAUGGAUUUUGUUUUGGUUGUCUGUGUUUCUGGUUCUAAGAGUCAGAUAAAAGAAAAUGGGAUGAACAACUAAAAAUGAAGUUUAUUGGACUUCAAAUCUUUUAAGAUAUAUGUUGCUGUAAAUUCAUAUUUGGCAGUGGCAAGUGGCUGUGUUAUUAGAUUUGUAAAAUGGAACUCUGAAUUGAAAAUGGUUCACGGAUGUAGAUAAAUCUCUGCUGAUUUAGGUAAGCUGUUCAUUUGGAAAAAGCGAAGCUGUAUGGAUGCCAAGAAAAUUGACAUCAGCAUCUAGCGGUGGUUGAUUGGACAGGUAUUUGGUCAUUGUGCAUAGACUAAGAUCAUGACAUCAUGAAAAUAACUUUCCGCCUUAUGUGCUUCAGAGGAGAAAUUUUUGCUUAAAUUCAGGUGUUUGGCAUGUUAAUGACGUCCACAAGAGGGAUUUUCUACAAAUCCACCGUUGCAUCAAUUCUGAGCUUUUGAAUGGUUGUUGAAGGUUUUCUGGAAAUCUAGGGGGUUCUGAUUCUGAAGAAGCUUCUUAGGGAUAGUGUUUCUGCAAAAAGGUUAAGGUCUUUGAGGCUAAGUGAAGAGGCUACUUCUUAUUUAGUGGGACAUCUGAUUCCCAUUAAGCGGGGAUGGGCCUUCUUUGUGACUUCUGCGGGGAGCAAAGGUCUAUGGUCUACUGCAGACCUGAUGCUGCUUGUUUAUGUUUGGCAUGUGACCACAAUGUUCACUCUGCAAAUGCACUCUCUCAGCGUCACUCACGUACUCUUAUAUGUGGCAGAUGCAAUUCACAGCCUGCAGGAGUUAGGUGCAUUGAGGAAAAUGUUUCCCUGUGUCAAAAUUGUGAUUGGAAUGGACAUGGUGGCUCAGCCUCAGCUUCAGGGCACAAAAGGAAAGCAAUUAACUGCUACUCGGGUUGUCCAUCAUCAGCAGAGCUUUCUAGAAUUUGGUCCUUUGCUCUAGAUUUUCCCCCACUAGCAGAUUCAAAUGGUGAACAGGGGUUAGGAUUAAUUAGCAUCAAUGAGAAUAGUGUCAGCAAUUGUUGUGGUUCCCCAGCCCCUGAGAACGGCAGAACCAUAGAUUUAUAUAGUGCAGGUGGGGUGAAUGAUCUUGACAUAAUUGAUAACUUUAAUACCUGGAUUGGCUCAUCAUCAAACUCCGCAGUCGCUCUGAUGCCAUGUAAUGCUGAUCAACUGGUUGGACCAGUAGAUUCGGCAACACCUAAGCUAUGCUGUACCGAGACAAGGAACCAUGAAAUCUGUAAAGAUGAUGAGUUAUAUGAAGAUUUCAAUGUGGAUGAUGUUGAUUUGACUUUUGAGAGCUACGAAGAACUUUUUGGUGCAUCUCAUAAUCAUUCAGGGCAAUUUAUUGGGGAUGUUGGAAUUGAUGACCUGUUUGAAAUGGACAUUUCUGCUGCCAAUUCCAACUGCCAAGGCACGUUCACUGCAGAGGCAUCGUCUUCUGGGCAGGUUGAAUCAAUGCAGGCAGCAUACAGCAAUGCAGUAUCUGCUGAUUCUGUAAUGUCCAAUCCAGGAGUCAAUGCUGAUCCUAACCGGUGUUUCUCCACAAGGCAAGCUCGUUCCAGCUUCUCUCUUUCCUUCUCUGGUUUGACUGGUGAGUGCAGCGGUGGAGACUAUCAAGAUUGUGGUAUGUCAUCUACACUUGUCGUGGGUGAACCUCCAUGGUAUCCUCCUGGUCCUGAGAGUUCUUCAUUCCCCACAGCUAGCAGGGACAGCGCUGUCAUUCGUUACAAGGAAAAAAAGAAAACACGGAAGUUUGAGAAGAAAAUUAGGUAUGCAUCUCGCAAGGCCAGAGCAGAUGUUAGAAGGCGGGUGAAAGGGAGGUUUGUCAAGGCAGGUGACGCUUAUGAUUAUGACCCACUCUGCCAGUCCAGGAGCUGUUGAGGAGGAUGACACAUUCUCUUCUAAGCACACCAUUGAAGAGGGAAAUUACACUGAAUUGUGAUCACCUUCCCUAGCAUUUUACAAGGCCAUGAACAUUCAGAGAACUCCUCAGUCUUUAAAAGCUAGACUACUGAAAUCUUGGGAUGGAAAGCACAUUCCUUUAUCUACACCGGAAUGCUUCUGGCCACAUGAAAAAGUAAUACCAAGUCCAGCUUACAGGCCGUUUCUCUGAUGCGAAUAGAGCAACUAUUUUACGCGUGCAUGGGAAGUAGUCACAUAUCUAUCUAAUAUGUCAAUUUUUAUCGGUUGCCAGCAUUUUGUAUGCCUCUCUCUUACCUUUUAUUUCUUCUUUUCUGAUGUCGGUGCAGUAUUUGCUGCACCGUCGCAAUCUGUGACAAAAGUGGUAUGCUAGUUGAGGUUUUUGUUUAAAUAUUUAUACCUACAUAUAUGUAUAUGCUUCCAUGUGAAAUUUGUAGAGCAUACUGUCUGUUAUAUGUAAUUGAGAGGAAACACUUUGUAUGUAUUGUGCUCAUGAAAGAGAAUUCAUCCAUGUAAACUUUGAAAUGCUGUUAA